GAUCUUCCAAGUAAUCAUUCUAAUAUUCGCUAUAAUCGUGAGAACAAUGAAAAGUUAUGCCUAGUUGAGGAUAAUCCUAUAUUUAUUGGUUUAGCAAAUAUUAAUCGACAUAUUGUGGUGUGGCUACAAGAGCCUGAAAAUUAUGAAUUUCAUGUUCGAGAAAUUAUCUACAAUUUUGGUGGUUGCUGGAAAUUUCAGGAUAUUUCAAAAAGAUGUCAAUUACCUACGGAUAAUACACCACUCACCUCAACAACUGAACAAGAUGAGACAAAUAAUGUUAGAAUAAUCACUGGUGAGUCUUUUGGUCUUGCUGUUAUGCUGUUAGAUCUUCGCCGUCUAGAUAGAGUAAUCUUAGAUGGCCUUUUGACCUUUCUAUUUCGUUCUUUGGACAUUCCGGUCUUGGGAAUCUCAGAAGAGUAUGAAUUUUGA